UUCAAGUCAUUAAAUAUUCUUGAAAAUAUCCAGUCACUAUAUCGUAAGUGUUUGUCACCACCUUGUUCCUGUUUUUUGAAUGUUGUGAUAAACUGAUGUGUGAGAAAUUUAGUUGUACUUAUUAGACAGGAGCUUCUGUCCAGCCUUUUCUGGCAUUAUGUUUCUAACAUAAUCAGUGUUAGUCUCUUCUGCCAUAAAUUCCAGGGCUGAAGCUACGGAAUCUUUCCCUAAAGGAUCUUUACCGAAAGGCAUUACUGUCUAUUUAAAAUUGAUCGCUGUAACGCAAAUCAAUGGUGGUGUGAAGGAGGUCUAGUGGAGCUGUAACGGAAAAAUUCUGGAAGAUGUUUCUGAAAACUGUUGAUUAGAGGAAAAGGGUUGUUUAGAGAUUAUAAACAUUCUUCUUUGAAAAAGUAGAUCUGCUAAGUUGAGCUAUGCUUCCUGCAUUGUCUGCUUGCUCUGAUAACAAGGAAGGCAUUGCUAAUGAUCUUGUAGCAUGUACCACUCUGUGAUCAAUCACUGGGAUUGCAGCUGGUCGAUACAAGCCUGAGCUCAUGGUUUUUGUGUUAACUGCCUAGGUGGGUAAUCCUGUCUGGUAUGCUAGUGCCUUGCUUAGUGCGUAACCUUCUGACUUGGGUUGAAUAAGCUCAGUUUCUGUGUCCCUAAUGACCUUUUGCAGCCAGUGUGGUCUUGAUUGAGGUCUUCUAAAAGAAUCUGAGCAAUGCUGUUUUUCACUCUUAAUCUCUUAAAUGAUCAGAGUUAUUCCAAAUCUUUCAAAAAUCAAAACGAGCAAAGCAUUCUCUUAAAUGUUAAGAAAUAUUCUUUCCUGUACUUGAGAAUUUUGAAAGAACAGCUGCUACGUCCAGACUUAGUUGUGUUUUGUAUUCAAAAGGCUAAAAGUUCUUUCCAGCUUCCUUUGAGCUUGCAGUGUGCUUACUUGAAACCCUGAAGUGUAUCAGAGGGGGAACAGCAUAUCAUUGCUCCGACUUAGGUUUCAAUCUUCUCUAGAAGGGAAAGAAGGUAGGUUCAAACUGCCACGUUGCUUGAGCAACAUCACAGUUUCUAUCUAACCAGCAGAGUUCAAAUGGAAGUUCUUAGCCUGUAAUUCUCUCAGCUGCAUUUUGUCAGAAAUACUGACACAGGUGUAACAUUUCACCUGGGCAAAUCAUAGAGCAGGAGUCUUAUUCAAGAAGCAGUCCAUUCUUCAGCUGGAAGAUGGUCUUAUGUGUACAUACUUAAGCUACUCUUAAGGAUUACUUAGGCUACUUAGCCAAUGGUGGUUGAUAUUAUGGAAACUAGUAACAGAGUAAAUGAUUCAGCUGGUCGUGAGAUCCCAGUUAGUCUGGUCUGUGUUGCUGGAGGUCAAUGUUCAUCACGGCUAUCUACUAGGUCAUGUGAAAGAGUUGACUUAAGUCCUUUCCUGAUGUUUGUAUUUGUGCUUGUACAGUUUGACAUCUCUAGGGUAGCUGCAGAUGAAGUCAUGACUGAUGAGAUUUAUUCCCUGAGCUUUGGAGGUUGGAUUUCUAAGAGUCUGUUGCCGGUUGUGCUGUGUGAAGUGUCACCACAAGUAGUUUGCUGCCGGUCUGACUUCUUUAAAAGAAAAAACAAGAAAGGAAAAGCUAAUAAAUUCAAGUGAGGACAUAAAAGCGAUGCUCAGUGUUCCAUAAUCUUUUCAAACUGAUGGUCUUCAAUUGGAAAAGCCUUAACUGCAGCUUAAAGAACCCACAAGUAUAUGAUGAGAUACAAGGUUCUAAAUGGCUUCUAAGAAGUUGGGAUCCGACUCUCAUGGGCCUUUCAGUUAUCUUGAUGACGUCCCGUUUAAGAUAGGAGACAAAUUUAAAACCCCUGCGAAGGUUGGAUUACCCAUUGGUUUCUGCCUGCCUGAUUCUUCUCAGCUUGUCAGAGAAGCCCAGUAUGACUUCUCCCUGGAAAAGAAAACAAUCGAGUGGGCUGAAGACAUCAAAAAAAUUCAAGCUGCCCAGAGAGAAGCUGAACGCAAGGCAGAAGAAGCAAUAGCAAACUCAAAAGCAGCCCCAGAGGACAGCAACAGAAUGGGGUUCUCAGAGGGACCUUGCCCUGAGGCCAUGCCUCCUCCUAUCAACCCCAUCCUUGCUAGUCUGCAGCACAAUAACAUUCUUACUCCCACGCCAGCCGACAGCAGUGCUGUGAAGCAGAAAGUUCUUAGUCCACCUCGCCCCAAAGCAGACUUCAACCCAGCUGAUUUUGAAUGUGAAGACGACCCAUUUGACAAACUGGAAUUAAAAACUAUCGAUGAUAAGGAGGAGUUAAAAAACAUUCUGGAAAUCCACGUGGGUACUACUGGGCCUGUUGUUGCCCAGCUGUUAGACAGCAGUUUGCCCAAGGGAGGAUCUGAGUCUGUGCUGCAAGAUCAGGAGGUUCUGGCAUCCAUAGAAAGGGCCACGUUGGACUUCAAGCCCCUUCACAAACCCAAUGGCUUUAUCACUUUGCCGCAGUUGGGAAACUGUGAAAAGAUGUCCUUGUCUUCCAAAGUGUCCCUGUCCCCCAUCACUUCAGUGAGCAAUAUCAAAUCCCUAUCCUUUCCUAAACUCGACAACGAUGAGAGUGAUCAAAAAUCAUCAAAGCUCAUGAGCACUUUUCACAGCACUACCUGUCUCCGCAACGGCACUUUCCUCAGCUCUUUGCAGGCCUGUGCUCAGACUAAAGCUAGCGAACUGAACGGACACCAUGUGGUUGGUCUGUCUGCUUUAAACGAGGACAGUGGCAUGGAGACAUCAACGUUAUCCUCUUCGACCAGGCUGCCUUCCCUGGCUGUGUCAACUGUUUGUACGGAAGAAGAGUCGUCUCAAAGCACAGUGACCACGGUACACCCAGACAACAAGGAAACAGAAAUGCCUAUGGUAAUGCACCAAAAUUUCCCAGCGUCUCAAGUGCCCAAUAACACCGGCUGCGCAAAGCGGUCGGGUGGCCCUGCUCCUGAUGUACAGCAAGCCCUCUCUGCCGGCGAGAGGCAGUGCAUAGAGACCGUUGUCAACAUGGGGUACUCGCCUGAGAACGUCCUGAAAGCCAUGAAGAAGAAGGGAGGGAACAUAGACCAGGUUUUGGAUUACCUGUUUGCACAUGGACAGCUUUGUGAGAAGGGCUUUGAUCCACUUCUUGUUGAAGCAGCUUUGGAAAUGCAUCAGUGUUCAGAGGAGAAGAUCACAGAACUUCUCCAGCUAAUGAGUCAGUUUAAAGAAAUGGGCUUUGAACUAAAAGACAUUAAGGAGGUCUUAUUAUUACAUAACAAUGACCAACACAAUGCUUUGGAAGAUCUAAUGGCCCGUGCAGGAGCCAGCUGAAAACACAUUCCUGGGAUCUCGGCGUGCCACGGAGCAGGACUAGCCCCACCACCUUCGCAUCCAAUGUGACUUGCUCUCGGCAGGAAGGAGUCCGGCUUUUCACACACAUGGGAGAGUGACUGAGCAAGCCUACCUGCGUGCAUCACUCCAGCAUUUCUCUUUCCACUGGGAGCCAACUUUCUUUCUUAAAUUAAAUUUUUUAAGUGUCCUUUCCUAAGUUUCCUUUUUUCCAGCUUGGCCACGGAGAGUUUAAACUGCCCAGCCGCUACUGGAAUUGUACAUAGGCAGAGACUGGUGUGGUUGCCCCCACUGUUGCACUGGAGUUGGACAGCAGAAUACGAAGUUGGUUCUGAAACAUAGGAUGCUUUGGUUCUUUGAAGCUGCUUUCAUGGUGUCUGCUUGUACUGAAUUACUUGACUGUGUCACAGUCCAGAUUAACUGGUUAAAUUUGACCUUUAGUGCAAUGGAAUUUUAUUUUUUGGUUGAAAGUAAGCCUAUAACUUAGUAAAAACACUGGUUCAGAAACUGUCGCUAUGCAUAAAGAGAAGCUGUUCCUCUUGUGUUUUUUUUAACCCAUGCAUCCAACACUUCUGCCAGACACGAGCGUCCAAUGCUGAGCGGUGUGUAAGUUUGCUUGGAGCAGGUAAGCUGUGAACUCGACCCGGACCUGCAACUUCUGGUGGUUCUUGAACCCGAAGGCACAGAGCUGGGGCUCAGUAUUCUUAAUCCCCCAGGCUUAUAGGAUAUUUAAGAAAAAGUUCUGCUAGGAAAUCAACUAUCUUUUGUUUUAAAUAAUACUCAGUGUGAUGCAGGAGGUUUCUUUCAAGCACUUUCUUUAAAAACAAAUAUACUCACUGCAUUAGUUCCAUUUUCCACACUGCUGUAGAAUUACAUAAUAACAUCUAGUACUAGAAAUCAGGUUUUGGGUUGUUUUUGAUAGUACCGAGUAUUAUGUUGUACACUGUUCAAGUUCUAAAUACAUAAAAUAUCAUCAGUCUUGAGGAAUCUUUAAAGUAAUUUGCUAAAUAUUUUGAUUCUGCAGAAGAACAACUAAUAAAACCCUCAAAUGUAACUCCCAGUGUCAUGGUUCCCAUCUCUCAUGCUCUUUGGCUUCAGCAGAUGAAGAACUUGCUGGAUCCUGCAAGCCCAGGUGCUGCCUGCUCCUGUGGGCAUGCACGAACAUGGUCUGCGUUGUGCAGAGCUACCUGAGGUCUCCAGGCAGGUGGCUGCAGUGGUGGAAGCUAUUGCUUUUUUUCCUGUGGCUUUUUUUAAUUAAAAAAAAAAAAAAAAAACAAGCCUGGGGAUCGAAACUCAUGUUAGAGCAUGGAGCUGGGAGCAUUGGACUUCGGGAGGGGAAAACAGCUCAGCUCCUUGCCUUGGGUCAGAUUUUCAGUAGGAGGUUUUGUAGUUCAUCAGGACCCUGAAGGAGAUGGCAUCAGUCUCUGUUAUGCUAUUAACUUUGUACAGCCAAAGCAUCACCUCUGGGGCCGCUGUUAACUCCGGGAAUUCUGUGAGGAGGACAACAAUGUUAAUUACAUACCUUUAUUUAAAACAAAAUGAUGUUGAGGGGAGAUGCACCUGUAAGUAUCUAAGAGAUCUGGAGAAGAAUGAUGAGCGGGACUGGGGCAGACUUCUUUGUGUUGUAUCCUGUAGCACUGAGCUUCACCAGCGUCUAGUGCUGGGGCUGAGAAAAACUUGUCCAAGGACAUUCACCAGCGGAUGGUCAGCAAUUAAUAUCAAGUUUGGGCUGCUUCUGGGGGCUCAGGUUAAUCAGGUGCCCAGCUUUCCUUCCCCAGUGAGAAAUGUGACAGUUUGAAACAAGGAAAUGGAGUUCUGAUCAGUCAGAAAAGCUGGAAAACAACAAUAAACCUGCUUUACUGUUA